CAAGAAGCGACAUCCGCCGCUUUCAACUUGACAUGCGCAUGUUCUUCGACAAUGUAUCUAAUUUCCGGCAAACAUUUCAUUUUUUGGUUCUUGUGUGGUUGAAGGGUAUAAUGUUUUUAAUUAUUUUCAGUAACGACCAAUAGCGGUAUGAAAUAAUUAAAAAAGUAUGCAAAUAAUACAGUUAUUAAGUUAAUUAUUGUGGAUACAGUGGGGCACUAAAAAUGGCUAAUAUUGUUUGCCGGCAGUUUGCGAUUGCAAACAUGAAGGGCGUCCAGGAAUGAAAAUCCUUUUGUUUACAGUUUCAAAAGUAAUAUUAGCAGUGAUUGCAUCAAAAAAUUGUUUUCUUGAAAGACUUGUUUCCGUAACCUAGAUUUUUACCGACAUUGCAUUUUUAUUUGUCUAAAUAUUGUAUAGACAAACAGAAGAAUUCUUUUUAUAAUGGCGGUCGUUUCAUAAUGGUAUACGUAUUCGUGGGUAGAAUAUUUUGAGUGUUUAAUACAAGUUGAAAUUAAUUUUGAUUAAAAAGGCAGUAGAUUAAUAACGUUUACAAGAUUGUAUACUCCAAAAUGGGUGUCGACGAUCUCCAAACGUUUUUGGAGAGCCCCAGUUUAGAAGGUGGAGCAGUUUCUGUAGAUCUGUUGAAAAUAGCUAGAAAUGUAACUCAAAGACAGCAACCACACAACACUAAUCGCAAAAUUAGACCAAUUGGUAACAAAUUAAAACUCAUUGUUGAUGCAGAAAAUUGUUUAGAUCGUCUAUAUGGAGGAUAUUUCUCUGAUUGGGCUUGUGGAGGCCAAUGGAACCGCAUGGUUCAAUUCCUGUCUCUAUUGACCCAGGCUAUCGAACGCGGAAAUAUUGAAUUAGCUGUAGUUUUUAAUGGUACCAUUGAACAAUGUAGAAUUAACGAGUGGAUCGCCGAACAAGCAAACGUUCGCCAAAAAGUUGGAAUGGUGUUGAAACACAUCAACACAAAGGGCACUCCACCACCGAAAGUUUGGUGGACCCCUCCCACUUGUCUGAGAUCUGCUUUGAGAAUGGCUCUCAGACACUUAGGAGUCACUGUGAUGUGUACCAUGGAUGAUCAUCAUCAGGAAGUCAUAGCUUAUUGUCGGGAAUAUGGAUUCCAUGGUUUGCUUGCGGACGAUGCUGAAUAUGCAGCAUUUGACCCACCACGUUAUUUUUCAUCAGAAAAUUUAAAACUUACAUAUAAGGGAUCCAUUGAAACUAAAGAAUAUAUGGUCAGUGAAUUAACAAAAACUUUGAAAAUUACACAUGAACAAGUUUGCAUAAUGGCAGCUCUGUUGGGCAAUUUCUUGUUGCCAGAAAGUGAACUACAGGACUUGUACAAAAAGCUAAAUUUGGCCAAAGUCACUGCAGAAACUUUACAGAAUGCUGAAGGCAACAUUAAAAAGCUGGCUGAAUAUGUCAGUACUCUCCCUUCACCAUCCAAUAUGGACGCGUUAGUGUCAGCUGUAUUUGAGUCUUUAGAAGAUAAGAGGUCUUCAAAAUUUAGACAAUCUGUGCAGUAUUAUUUAAAUGGCACUGCCAGUGGCUUUUUAAAAUAUUGCACUCCUCCUGGUAAGCACACCAAACUAAAAAAAAAUGUAAAAUCCAAACCAAAGAAAGGCCCAGCAAAUACGGAUCAAACACCCAACAACGCAAAAUCUGAAGAUCAAGACUUGGACACUUCAGGUUUUGCAUCUGAAACCACUGAACAAGAGCAAGAAACUUUGCAAAAUUACAAACAAGCCACGGCGCAUUCUGUUAUCGGCGAAUUCGACGGUUUAGAUGGAUUGAUAAAUAACGCUCAAAAUGGGAAAUUCGAUUCUCCUUUAUCCUCUGAUUCUUCAAGAUUCAAUGGCGUGUCUAAUGGAUCGGUAUCUUCAGGCAAACCUUCGGCAAGCGCUUCCGGAAGCAGGGUAAACAUUUUGGCAGGGACCACAAACUCUAGCACUAGCAUUCCAGCUUCUCCUAAAGCUGCCAAAUCUAACAAAUCAACAUCCUACGUACACUUAAUUACACCAUCAGUAUCCCCUGAUGUACUGCGCACUGCCUCUCUUCGUCACCAGAAAGGUCUGAUGGCACCGCUGAUACUGCAUGUUUUGAGCACUCAAGAAAUCCGAUUACCUUGUUUGAUGGAAGAUGAAGGAAACCGGGAGUUCCCUCCCAUACAUGACAUCUAUCAACCAUUGAGACAGAGAAUUUAUGCUGUAUUGUUCAACUUACAUCAUCUGAGAUAUGUACAUUCGAAGAAGAAAGAAGCCAACGAGCUUCCGGACAACACCCCGCAACCGGAUAUCAUUGUCAAAGAGUGGAUCUACAGUCGUUCCAAUCCUUACCAAUGUCCAGAGGAAGUAAAAGCGGAUCCGCUACCGUGGGCAGUUCCGACGCUUCAAAGAUUGUGGUUUGGUCCGUCGGUGGACGACAAGAGACGCAGGAUGCGCGCUCUGUUAUCUUGCCUUAACUCCGAUACGCCGUUAAUAUUAAACACUGCUUACGUUCCUCAGCAUAUGUUGAUGAUGGCUUGCGUUUUGAGGUAUAUCAUGUCCCAGGACAAACCCAUUAUGAGAAGGCACGAAUUGGACGCUUUCUUGUGUCAUGCUUUUAAUCCGAAUCUGAUGAAUCCUCAGUAUUUGCAGGAACUGACGCUUAACGUAGUGACAAGCCGAGGCGUCCAGCUAGCGGCGCUCUUUAUGAAAGGAGUCGAUAUGGCUCUGAUAGCGAACGACGCGUGCGGGGCUCCACUGCCCUGGCUCAUGUGCUGCCCGUGGCUUUACUUCGACGGCAAAUUGUUCCACUAUACGCUGACCAGAUCAUCGCACGCCAAAAAUAUUCUGGAAGUCUGCGAAAACUACAUUGAAAGAGUCGUCAAAGUCGAACGUAUGCGGAAGGCGAUUUUGGAAGGGCUCGACGUUAAGUUCGCCAAAGUGCCCUUACCCCCGUUUACCGGACAGCCAAUGCUUCGUUCAAUUCCACCUCCACACUGCCUACCGAACAUGAACCUGCAGUCAACGCGCGGCGGGCCCGCCUCCCUCCGUCAGCGCCCGAUUCCGUCCAGAGGCGGUCAACUGCAAGUCGCGGGCGUGGUGGUGGGCUCUUGGGGUGCCAAUUACGGCUACCAGGGAGGGGUCAGACAGAUGAUGCCAUCCUCAUACCACCACAAUCCGCGCGGUGGAAGGGGGCGCGGCGGUCAACCCGGUGGUGGUUAUCAAAACGCGUUUGGUGGUGGUGGCGGCCAUGGUGGUGGUGGUGGCGGCGGCCAUGGUGGCGGUCAUAGAGGAAGAGGAGGACAACAGAAUCGCAGACCUGGAAUGCCCACUUUUCCAGUCAACGCCAGAAAGAACCAGGCAAACAAAAAGCGUAAUACUAACAAAUCUAACAAGGGGCAAAAGCAACCGGGAGUCGCUUUAACUGUCAGAACUGAUAAUGGAGACGUGCCAGUGAAUGACGUCGUCAUAUCCGAAGAUGGCACCACCGGGGCUGGAGGGAAGAAAGAAGACUGCACCAAGAAUGUCGAACACAAGGGGCAGGGCGACGGACCGUGCAAAGUAGAAUCUGCCGCCGCCUCGUCCAAUUAGAAUUCCAUAAAAAAAAUUCAAUUUUUUUUCUUCACUUUUAUUAUCUUUUUUUACGUCGUCGCGUGUGUGCGCUGAACAUUGGAAGUGCAACAUCCUUUUUAGUAUUUUUUCUAGUAUGUAGGUUUACAUAGACAAUAUUUCGGAUGAUGGUCGAUGAUUAAAUAUAUGAUGUUGGUCGACCGUAAAAGUGGACUUAAUUAAAAACGGUAUGUCGCGUUUUUAAAUUCGCAUCAGCUCGACAACGAUAUUCUAUUGAGCAGCGUUGAAAUCGUUCCGUCGAUGUAGUUGUGAGAGCAAAAAAGUAAUUCAGCGUUUGUUUGACACCAGAAUGUAAUCGGAUUUUACACCAAUAUUGGACCCUUUUGAAGUUGUAAGGAUUUUUUUUUUUAAUAAUUCGAUAAAAAGCGUAACAAAUAAUUUUCACAUUACUAGGUGUGUACCAGGUAUACUUUUUUGAUCACCACCAAUGAUAUCUAAACCGUAAUAGCUAGAAAACAAAUUAUGAUAAGAUUUUGUCUUUUUUUAGAACUAGAGGAAUGCAGAACGUCAGCAGGUAUACUGAUACUGAUGAAUCCCUAGAACAUAUGCCUAACAGCUAAAGUCUGUACUAUAAGGAGCCCGCCCUAAAGAAAAUAAUGUUUUUUUGUGGAUCCUCCCUUUUAUAUCUUGUUAAAUAAAGGGCUCAAGGCGGAACUUGGUACAACAUCAGGCGUUACAUUAUGACGUUACUUAUAAAUUGAAUUUAAGAUAUUACAGUUCAAAGAUAUCAACCCUAUAUAAUUCAUUUAACCCCAUAUAAAUACACUAUUUUUUUUUUAUAAUUAAAUUGAAAUAUUGGUGUAAAGAUCCACAUGAACAUUAAUAAAUUAUUAUACUUAUUAUGUAAUAUUCUUUUAUCAAUAGUUAAGCAGUUCUGUGACGUCUUCAUCAACAUGAUUUACUUUUUUGUUCAAUUAAUGGGUGAACAUUUCGAGGACGGGAAAAAUGAUACGUUUUAACAGGGUCAGCGUCGAUUAAGGAAGAGGAAAAAAAAUUAAAAAAGUAUUUAAGGUGUCAAUGCUGCUCGAGUUGUGUUCAAGAAGGACUGAUUGUUUUUCGAGAGCCUUGUAUAUUUUUCUAUGUUUGUUACGACUGUUAUAAUUAUAUAUUGACUGAGAGGACGCUGUGAGCGUCACUGUGAUCAUAUUUAUGGUAUUUAUAUACGUUAGAGAGAUCUGUUGAUAGGGAUCGUAAACGGCGCCGGCCAUCUUUUGUGGUUUUUUUGAAUCCGACUUGUGAUCGUUAUAACCUAGAAAAAAAAUGCGUCAAAAAUCGGAGCUUAGCCUGCCUUUCUACCCAAAGUGCCUUAGUUCUAUUGCAAUCUUUGUAUUUAAAUGACCAGUUAUAUACUUUAUAUAUUGUUUUAUGAAAUUUUUCAGUUUUAGGGCACAGGGAGGUAAAAAAAAAUGUUUCAAAGAUUUUGCUUUGAUCAUUUAAAUCAGAGAUGAAUUUUACAAAACUCAAUUGACGAUUUUUGAUGAAUUGUUGUAGUUCGCACGUCAGACGUUGGAUUUAGCAAACGAUGGCCGCGCUGAAGAUGGUUGAUGAUUUAAGGAUGGUUCGCUAUAUAAUAUAUAUACACAACGGAAUUUUUUUUGGAAAACAUUCGAAAUUUACCAAAUAAUUAUGUCAUUUUGUAAUUGAUACGCUAAAAAGUUGAAAUCCACGUUUAUUUACGUUUUCAGCUUAAAGCAAAGGUAUUGGUAGUCUGGCGAAUGAUAAUUAUGCCAUAUAUAUGCUAAUAUUUCGAGGUACAAAUACAGGGUGAGGUGUUUAUAAGCAAUAAUGCUCAUAUUAUAUUCCAUGAAUAAAAGUUAUUAUUCAAUUGUUUUGUCUCGAAGUUAUGAGCAUUACUCCAUACAAAUGAAUCGCUCCGUACUUGUCCAGAUCUAUUUAAAAAAAAAUGUUAUUUAAUUAAAAUUUGUAUUUGUAAUUAUUGUGCUAUUUUAAUUUAAAACUGUCUAUUUUUUGUAAUUGCAAGCUGGAAAUGGCGAAUUGACUUGUCAUUUCAAACAAACCAUACUUUAGAGUUUGACAUUGAAAAAAUUCUUGCAGGCACCUAAGUCGUGUCUCAAAAAUACAUAAAAAAACAAACAGAUAUUGCCCAAUGUACGCGCAUUCGUAUGCGCUGCAAAACCCCGACCGCAAUCUAAACAAACUAAAAAAAGCUUUUUUAUUAACUCAACGUCCUAAAAAGAUGAUCGAGUUUUGUUAUGAAACGAUAAACCGAGUUCAGGAAGCUGCUCUGUCGCUCAUAGGAGACAAUAUAGCUUUUAAAUGAACUGAACUAUUUUGAAG